CCCAGCGGAGUUUUACUGCGAUCUACAGCGUGUGAAACAAUAACUGUAGUCAUCAUGUUAUUCCACAUUACUCGUCCGGACUCUAUUGUUCUGGAGGUGGAGGCGGAUCCAAAAGCAAAUGGAGAAGAAAUUCUUAAUAAGGUAUGCCAUAAAAUGGGUAUCAUAGAGGUGGAUUAUUUUGGACUCCAGUUCACAGGAACAAAGGGAGAGAUCUUGUGGCUGAAUCUCAGAAACAGGAUAUCUCAACAAGUAGACAACCUGUCUCCCUGCAAACUGAAGCUGCGAGUGAAGUUCUUCGUUGAGCCCCAUCUAAUUCUGCAAGAACAAACCAGACAUUUGUUUCUGAUGCAUGUGAAAGAGGAACUUUUCAAAGGAAGCUUGCAGUUGGACAAGGAGCAGGCAAUCGAGCUCUCUGCGUUGUUGGCUCAAGCGGAGUUUGGAGAUUACAACCAUAACACACCGAAGUACUCCCAGAUCUAUGGUCAAGACCCAAGUCAUGACACCAUCAACAAGAUUUAUAUGAGGCAUAAAGAUUUGGAGGGUGUUAGUCAGACUUCGGUGGAAUAUCAAGCCCUGCAGCUGGUUUCCUCUCUCGGCAACUAUGGUGUGGAGUGGCACUCUGCCCAUGACUCUGAAGGACAGGAGCUGCUCAUUGGUGUUGGACCAGAGGGCCUGCUCGUCUGCAAAACAGAUUUCACUCCUGUUGACAGACUCAUAUAUCCAGUCAUUCAAAUGGCCACUCAGUCUGGAAAGAACGUAUAUGUCACCAUCACCAAAGACAACGGGGACAGUGUGGUACAUCUAUUUAAGUUCAUCAGCACCAAUGCUGCCAAUGGAUUAUAUCGUGCUAUUACUGAGAUCCAUGCCUUCUACAGGUGUGAUACGGUAAUGAGCACAGUGAAGAUGCAAUAUAGUCGUGACUUCAAGGGUCACCUGGCUUCCCUCUUCCUCAACGAAAGCAUUGAUCUCGGUAAAAGGUACAUCUUCGAUAUCCAGCGCACAUCCAAGGAAGUGUACGACCGUGCCCGGCGUGCCCUGUUCAAUGCAGGCAUGGCUGUCACAGGAUGUGGGGGCCCGAGAGAUGUGUGCGGACCCUGUCCCUCACCGCGGGCUGAGAGAGAAGAGACGACAUGUGUCAGCUGCAGAGAAACGCACGUUCUGAGGGAGAAACUCCAAAGGCUACGAGAGGCCCUGACCUGCGCCAUGUGUUGCCAACAAGAGAUCAAUGCUGCGUUCUGUCCUUGUGGACAUAUGUUCUGCUGCUACAACUGUGCCGGCCAACUCCAGUAUUGCCCAGUGUGUCGCUCAGAAGUGGACCGUGUUCAGCACAUCUAUUUACCCACCUGUGCCAGUCUGCUUACCCUGGCAGAGGUCAAAACAGCCUACAGUCCGCCCAGAGGGACUGCCACCUCAGAGGAUUAGCUGUGAAGAAAAGACCUGCCAAAAUGUAAAACAAAUAACUGCACAUUGCACAUGGACAAGAACACUUGGCCACAGACUAUUUUGAAAAUAUAGAAGAAAUGAUAUGAUUACAUUUUCGAUAUAGUCAGUUUAACUGUAUUGAGUGAGGCUGACUGUCGGUACCUCAGGAAUUAUGACCACACAAAGACAUUUUUUCAGGUUUGGAACAACCUUAGAGUGAGUAAAUGAUAACAGAUUUUCAUUUUUGGGUGAACUAUCCCUUUAAUCUCACUGUCAUUUUCAGUGUGGAGACAGACAUACUGUUGAAUGCAUAAAGACUUAUUUUGUUAGAUAUAAGGUAGAAUAUAGCACUGUUGUGUACAAAUGUAACUACUGUCAUUUUACUGUGAACCAAAAAAUAGCAUACGUAUAGCUAUAUAUUUGAUAUGCUUUUCCUUAAAUCAAUGAUUUAUUCCUAUUUAUUUUAAGAUUUUAGCAAGCGUUUAAAAGUUGACUUUGUUGCAAAUUCAAAAUGCAAAGUAACUACACAUGUAUAGUUAACACUCCACAUAUCUUUCAGCACAAAGGGAUUUUUCAGGUGUAUAUAUGGGAUAUGUUAUAUACUAUGAACGUUUACAGUUUUGUUUUAAAAAACAUCAAAAAUACAUUUCAGUUCUAUUAACCCUGCUGCAGUAUUCAAAAACAUCCUUUUUGCUAUAAAAUAAAAGGCUUUUUAAAACCA